AUGAAGUUCACGACAUCUGCCUCCUCUUAUGGCGCCUCGUCCAUGACUACACCCGAUUUCUUCCCUGAAUGCGCGUGCAAACUUCAAGUAGAGAUGAAAACGUCGCGAACACAGCUCAAUCCUGGGCGAAGAUUCUUGAGAUGCUCCAACAAAGAGAAACAAUGUGGCUUCUUUGAGUGGGUAGAUCCUGAAGUAAAGCCUAAAAUUGAAGAUGACGAAGAUGAAAAAUUGAACUUCUGGAUUGGAGAAUGCUAUCUCCUAGGGAAAUAUGUGGAGGAAGAUAUGAAGCGAAUUAGAUUGUUGGAGAAUGAAGUGAGACUCCUCAGAAUGGAGAACGUCGAGAGCAGCAAGUGUUCGAUGAAAAAGAUGGUUGCAUGUGCUUGUGUUCUGGGUGUUGUUUGUUUGGUGAUUCAAGCUUUUGUUUCGUAG